AUGUCGCAGAAUAAGCAAGAAAACAUAACGAAAGGUAAUGAUUCAAAGCCGAAGCCAUGUUGUGUUUGUUUAACAGAGAAGAAACUGAGAGAUGAAUGCUUAUUGUUCAAUGGUCAAGAGAGUGGUAAAUGCAACGAAUUAAUACAACUGUAUAAAGCUUGCAUGAAGGGAUAUGGUUUUGAGACUAAUUAG